AUGGCGAGCACUUUCUCCGCCGGGUUGUCCUCGCCCGCGUCGCCACCACCUCCCGGACAUACACCACCACCGACAUCGCCGCUUCGAGCAACGUACCAGCCGCAGCCGCAACCACCGCAACCACCACCGCCAGAGAAAGCGCAUGCAGCAGUCAUUGACCCUGUCUUAUCACUCGAGCUUCGCCUGCGCUGGUUGGAGGCGAUCCUGCUCGGCGUUAAGCAGAACCCACGGCGAAACGACCUCAAGCACAACGAGACGCUCGUGCGCGCGGCCGACGACAUCCAGCGGCGCCUCAACACGAUUGUCGAGGGCAACGAGGGCCUGAAGAAAUUUGUGCAGAACUAUGACCAGCACGCGCACCUGCUCACGCCCGCGUUCGCGCUCUCGGGCGUGCUCAGCGACCAGCCGCCGGCGUACGAGAGCAUGAGCGGCGCGGAGCUCGAGGCGCUGCUUGCCGAGAUGGAGCCCGACGUCCGCGCGGCGGACCGCGAUAUGCGCGAGAUUGAGAUGCUGGAGGGCAAGGGCGUCACUGGGGCUGGGAAGCUGGCAGACUACGAAGCCCUCAAGCCCAGGCUACAAGCCCUCUUGAAGGCACACGAAGAGGACGCGGCGCGCGCGUCCAGCCUUGAGCGACGCGUCGCUAAUCUCAUGGAACGUCAUGCUACCAAUGUCGAUGCACUGUCGGAACUCUUCGUCAUAUGGGAUGAUGCCUUAUCCAAUGCUGAACACAAGACUUCCCUAUUCGAGAGAGAACACGCAGAAAGGCGGCGGUUAGGACUGGAAUAG